AUGAAAAGUACAAAUCGAUCUUCACACCACGUCCCGAUGGCGGCAACGACUGUGUCCGUGCUGGACGUCGGCGGUGAGGUGAAGGUGAAGAAGAAAAGUGCACGCAAAAUCAGUGCCCCUCCUUGGUUGAAGGGUCGGCUGAUGGGUGUGAAAUCGACGAGACUGGACAAAAGCGUCCCGGUGCCGUGUUGUGGCGUAAGUGUGGCGGGAGACACUGGUACCACGUUGGACGAGCGCCAAUUCGAGGAUAAAUCAGUACAAUGUGAUGAUUUGUUGCCGGACGCAGGGCACCAUCGAUACGACUUCCAGCGCAACAGCUCGGACCGAUGUGCUGGCUGUUGUCAUCCCAUGAAUCCUAUCUACCAGACCAACGUAAUCGUUAACCAAAUACCCUUCAUGGACGACGAGCCGGACGAUGCUUCAUUGCCGACGUUUCGCCGCAGUCACCAUGCCAUACGCCAGCGUCGUAAUUCACAGGCGCUGUUCAGAAAGAACAACCUCUUUGCAACAGCAUCCUCACAAAGUGGAGCCCAGCUAGAUACGGCGUUGCGUCACAGUUCAGCCAUAGCGUAUGUAAACGAUCAACAAGACUGUAACGGAUCGCUGUCCCAAUCGGAAGUGUCGAUACCGAACUCGAUAGAAUAUGAUCUAAAUACUGUGGCCAAACCGAAAGUUCCGCUACGCCGUAGGACCGGUGCGUACGGAAAUGUGACCCUGAACGUUCAAAUAGCCAACGGCACCAACAUGACUAUUUUGGAGACGGACGAGAAGGAAAAGCCUCCGGUGGUACCGAGACGCAGGUAUGGUGUUGCGCCGGAAAGAGAUGCGUUCCGUAACUCGUAUCAGGAAUCGUCACAGUCUUCUUGUCUCGUGCUCGGCAUCAACAGUGAUGCUCGCAAUCCACUCAAGUACAAAAUGUACACACCGUUCCACAACAAACGUCAAACGAUGCCACCGGAACACUACAAGAACUGGCCAUCCGAGUCGACGUAUGGCGACGAGAACGAUCACAGCUUUAGGACGCUCAGCUACUACUCCGAGGUAGCGAAUCAGCUGGAGCAAUACGAACGGCGCAGUUUUGAUGCCGGAAGUUCCUGCAUGCUGAACGCCAUCGACUCCAACUCCAUCAUGUACCGUAGCAGCAUGGACACCAUACCGAAUGACCACACGCCCCCAGAGCACCGCAAACAGUCGAGUGUGGAAAAUGGUGCGACUGGCGGGAAAACCCCUUCAACUGCGGCAGGCCCCAACCGGCGCGGAAUCGGUGCAGAAUUACGCGCUAAAAAUAAGCCAAGCGAUCAAAUUCCGGCACAGCCGCAGUCGAAUUUAUUAGCCCCACCGACGAGCACUUUUGGGCGUUGGAGCGGAAGCAUACAGAAUCUGUUCAGCAUUGGCAAUCGAACGUCGGACGGUACUGGUCGGUGGAGUAAAAGUGAAAACUGCCUGAACGAGGUCGGCCAGCAGUCACGGCGAAGAAACGGACCCGCCAAGGUCACCGCCGCUCAGCGACUACUUUGGUCGGAUAGGCUUUUCGGGCGCUCGACAGCGACAGGACGUGCCGGGAAGAACGGGCGUGCUCGCCGGACCAAUACCUUCCUCACUAGUGGCGGUGGCAGCUUCUUCACGUACAAAUACGACGACGAGGAGGAAAGUGCCUGGCAGAAGUACUUCAGUCUUGGCAUGCUGCGGAAGAUACGUCCCAAGCAGGGAAAGCCUCCCAAAGGCAAAGGUGGCAGGAUUCAAGACCUCGAUGGCGGUUUCUUUGAGAAGUUUGGCUCGAUCCUGCGUCAAAAGUCUAUCCAAAACGAUGAAAGUAUCCGUGGCCGGCUGCAGCCGUUCCCGGACGAGAACGAACCGGAAGUGGAACUGAACGAUCCAACCACUUUGCCACCGGUAGUGGAAGCGGAGGACAGUGGCACGGAAACGCUGCUCGAUGAAAGCGACUCGGAAGACCAGCAGGAAAAGCAGGUCGAGUUUAUCGAAGCUGUGUUCGGUUGGAAUAUCGAGGAACUGUACGAGGAAGUUCUGUUCGAGAGCAUCCACAACAUCGGUUGUGACGAUGAGGAACUCAACGCGGACGUACUGUUUCCAUACAUCCAGGAAGCGUUCAAAAUGUCGGACGAAAAGCACAACGAAAUAAUGGAGAUUGCGCGCAACAAGGAAGCGCCCGAGAUACGGCUGAACGUGGAGAUCGUCGAGGCGAAGGAUCUGGAGCCGAAGGAUUCGAACGGUCUGUCGGAUCCGUUCGUGACGAUGUACAUCGCGUCGAAUCCGAACCAUCGCUACAACACCUCCGUCAAGGCGGGUACGCUGAAUCCGUUGUGGGAGGAACACUUUUCGCUGCCCAUUGCUGAGGAUGCAAACGAUGCCAACCUCAUCGUGGAAGUGUGGGACUUUGAUCCCGCUGAAACGGUCAAGGAGAAAAUGAACAAGCUGUUCGAGGUAAAGGGUGUCCGGGGGUUACGUAAGCUGAUGAAGGAAAUAGCACAGACCGCUUCAUCCGGCAAGCACGAUAACGAACUGAUCGGACGUACCAGCAUUCCGCUGAAGUCCAUACCCGCCUCGGGAAUGCUGAUGUGGUACAAUCUGGACAAGAAGAACAAGUUGCGUCGGCAGGGCACCAUCCGUAUAAGACUGAACUUUAGCUCGGAGAAAAACAGUCAAGUUGCGGCACAGGAGCAUCGGCAUCUGUUGCGCAUUCUGCUGCUGCACGAGCUGGAAUCGUCGAAGGUCGCACCGUACUGGUGGUCGGGCAAGUUCACGAUUCAGGGUGAGGCAGUGCUUACCCAACACUCCGCCCAAAGCGGGCUCUCUUCCACGACGGAAGCGUUCAUCCAGUGGUCCGUCUUUGCUACAAUCCACCAGGAUCAUCCAUUGUCGUUUGUGCUGUUCGAUACACUGCUGGAGAAGUUGAUCCGCCCGGUACAAUCGCGUGCAGUAUCGGAGGAAGAGCUAAAGAGCUUCUGGGAGGCGACGAAGAAGCUGCUGCCAUCCUGCUUCUCUGCCAUCCGGAAGCUGCGCAAGAAGAACACGGGCGAUAAGCUUGUACUAAAAACGCUGAACGGUGUACUAAACAUCAUCGCGAAGGUUGCGCUGCUCGAACCGCCGGAGGGCACGGAUCUGUUCCCGGUGCAGAUGUACGGAUGGAUCCGGCGAACGAACGAUAGCGAACCGAACUGGGACAUUCGUGGAGCGCUGCAAAGUGCGGUUGUGUCGGGUGCUGAAGAUUUCUUCAGCGGCAUCAAAGAGGGACACUUUUUGCAGACCGGCACGGAUGAGGAUCGUCUGCAGAAUUUGAUCAAAAUCAUCCAGCUGGUCCGUUCGGACAUUCAAAAGUCCAUCGAGUACUAUGAUAAAACAUUUCAAGAAAUUAUGCAUUUUUCAUACACGAAGGAGCUUUACAUCACGUACGAGUUGAAGCUGGCGGAACUGAUAAAGCCGACGGUGGAGGACAUCUGCAAGAAGCUGAAGCGCAUCGAUCUACCCGAGACGGCAUCCCGGCGGGGUGGUGAUAGCGGGUUUAUUGAGUAUGAGGACAUCAAUAUGGGCACGACGCUGUUCGAGCUGUAUCUGGUGCUGAAACGAUUCUGCACGCUCGGGACCGCCCUCAGCCCGGGGGAAACUGACUUUGCGAUCGACGAGUACCAUCGUUGGUUUACGACCGGCGUUACGCACUGGCUGGAUAUCGCGGUGUACAAGGCCUUGACGCGCAUCCACAAGGCCAUCGAGCUGGAUAAGUUGCAGUCGGUUGACGAGACGGUAAAGUAUUCGUCGUCAGCCGUCGAUACGCUAGCCAUCUUCUAUCAGAUCAAAAUCUUCUGGCAACAGCUAGCCUGGCCAGACGUAGAGGGAGCGUACAUUUUUGUGGCGAAGAUCGUUGAUGACAUCUGUCGGUGCUGUGUGUUCUACGCUGAUCGUAUGUCCGCCCGCGUCGAAAACCUGGGCGUGGUGGAGAAUGUGUACGAGAAGAAGUUUGAGGUAACUACCGAGUGGUGUCUUGCCAUCAACAAUAUCGAUUACAUCCGGCAAAGCUUAAAGCCGUUCGCGACGGAGCUCGGUGUGGAUGACAUACUGUCCAAGCUGGGUGACGCCCAGAGUAGCAUCGAGGCGGACCGGUGCAAGGAAACACUGCGUGCCGUGCUGGACAACGCGAUCGAUACGGAGAAGAACAAAAUUCUCGAUUUGGUGGAGAAACUGGCACGCAAAAUGGCACCCGCGAUGCGCCGAUUCCUGGUCGAGGGUGCUGAACUGCUGCAGCAAGACUCAAACUCACUCGACCGGUUGAUGAUGUACAUGGAGGAGUCGCUGAGCGUGCUGAACGCGGAGCUAAAUGAGAUCAACUUCGAGCGCGUACUGGAUGCGAUUUGGGCCGAAUUGACGACGAUCUUGUACGACCUCAUCCAGAGCAAUUUGGACAAACGACGUCCGCCUUCGUUCUUCGCAAACCUGCGCGACACGCUGCACCUGAUGGUGGCCAACUUCAAGACGGCGGAAAACCGAGAAUCGGAAACGGCCGCCGACAAGGAAACGCUUGCCCACAUCGAACGCUUGCUGCAGCUGCACGGGUACGAAACGACCGAUCUCAUCCAUCAGUAUUACUUAGAUAGGCUAGAGGAGCAGAACCGGAGCGACGCAUCGACCACCGGCUACGGCAUGCUGACGGUGCAGUGUUUCUUCAAGGAGAACGUCCUCGAGCUGGAGAUUGUGAACGCGCGCAAUCUGAAGCCGAUGGACGGUAACGGUUCCUGUGAUCCGUUCGUGCGCGUUCACUUCCUGCCCGAGGAGCGGUUCGUUGGGGUUGCCAAACCGAAAACGCAAUGCCAGAGCAAAACGCUAUUCCCACUGUUUGACGAAAAGUUUGUGAUAACCUUUACGCCGGAGCAGCGUUCCAUUCCGAACGCACUGAUCAUGUUCAGCAUCAAGGACAAGGAUCUGUUCGGAAUGUCCAACCAAUAUCUGGCCGAAUGUUAUCUUAGCUUUAACGAAAUAGCGGACAUUUCGGGAGAUUCGGGCAAAAUCGAACAGAAGCAUCUCAUUCUUACGCGACCACACAAGAUGGAUAUCGACUGUUUACGUGCGCUUGAAUAUCGUCAGGGUGACAAACAGGCCAAAGAUUUUAUCAAGAAACUGAAGCAAAAAAUGGGCCAAUAA